UGUGCAGAGCCGGUGGCAGGCCCUCCCGGCACAGGAAUGGCGCGCCCCCAGCUGCCGCCACUUCUGCUUUUGGUGCUGGUGCUGCCACUAAAAGCUAAUAAGAAUGACCCUAACAGUACUCCCUACACAGGUAUUACGACCUCAGAGUACAACAGUAUGGAGACAUCAUCUCUCAGCUCUCUGAUUUAUUCUCCCUUCACCCACAACACCCUCAGUUCAGGGGAACCCCCCAAAACCUACUCCAGCCCCCUGAGUUUGGAGACAGGCUCCAUGACCCACCUCAGCCCCUCAAGUUCAGGGGCAACCCCUACCAUGCAGCCUAGCCCCAGCUCCACAGAGUCAAGGAUGAUUCCCUCGUCCCCACAACCAGAGACAACCACGCACCCUAGUUCUGGUUCCCCCAAUGGAGAGCUCACCCCCUCUUCCCAUUCCACCUUCCCCAGUUCCGAAUCCCUGACCCCGCACUGGAGCCCCACUUCCCACAGCCCCGGAACGGAGCCCUUGACCUCCACUGACCAGACCUUGGAGCCCCCUGGCCCAGCUCCAGGUGACACUGGGCCCCCUGAGUUAUACAGGAACCCGGCUGUGGUGGUGGUCGUGUGUUUGCUGGUGUCUCUUUUGCUCAUCGGGUCUGUGGUCAUGGCUGUGAGGUUCUGUCACCGGGAUGAGUCCACAUUUGAGAAACUGGAUGAGGUGUCCAUGGGAUCCAUGAAUGACAGAUUGUCCUUUGCCCACCACCUCCAGGAGUGAGCCCUGAGGAGCCAACAGAGAUGCGGGCGUGGAUGGGGCUGGAGUGCCUGGGGAGGAGCAGAACCUGAGGAAAUAAACACCCUACCAUUCAUCCAAGGCCUCCUGAGUUAUGGAUUCGUGUGACAAACAUUAGCUGAGCACCUACUAUGUGCUGGGCUCUGUGCUGGAGUC